UCGCGGGGGGUGGGGGAUCGGGAGUUACUGGAUUCUUUAUCCCGCGUCUUGAGGGCGGCCCGCCCGAGGGUUGUCGCCCGGGCCGCGCCGAGGAGCGACUAGGGCGAGCGGAUCGGCCGCCACCGGGGCGCGGAGAAUAAGAAAGCUAACCUGAAUUUUGGGGAAAGAACAGAGUGAAGAAAUAAGGAUAGAAGACAAGGUUUACCGGUUUGCAUAAUAUUUCCCUCAUGGAUACAUUUUCAUAGCAUUAUUAUGUGAUAUAAGAAGUUUUUUUCUUUGAAGUAACAUGGAUUUUAUACUACAGAAUUAAGAGAAUUGGCUGUAUAGGAAAAUUGAUAUAUAAAAAGUGGUGCAUGUUUAUAGAUAACCAUGACAACAUCGUAUAUGAAUGGGCAUGUAACAGAGGAAUCAGCCACCGGAAUAAAAAAUCUUGAUCUUACAUCACCAGAGGAACAUCAGAAGCACCGAGAGAUGGCUGUUGACUGCCCUGGAGAUCUGGGCACCAGGAUGAUGCCAGUGCGAAGAAGUGCACAGUUGGAGCGUAUUCGACAGCAACAGGAGGAUAUGAGACGUAGGCGUGAGGAAGAAGGGAAAAAGCAAGAACUUGAUCUAAAUUCUUCCAUGAGACUUAAGAAACUAGCUCAAAUUCCUCCAAAGACUGGAAUAGAUAACCCUAUAUUUGACACAGAAGAAGGAAUUGUUUUAGAAAGUCCUCACUAUGCUGUGAAAAUAUUAGAAAUUGAAGACUUGUUUUCCUCGCUUAAACACAUCCAGCACACUUUGGUUGAUUCCCAGAGCCAGGAGGAUAUCUCACUGCUUUUACAGCUCGUGCAAAACCGAGAUUUUCAGAAUGCGUUCAAGAUACACAAUGCUGUCACAGUGCACAUGAGCAAGGCCAGUCCCCCAUUUCCUCUUAUCUCCAAUGUACAAGACCUUGUACAAGAGGUACAAACUGUUUUAAAGCCUGUCCAUCAGAAGGAAGGACAAGAAUUAACUGCUUUGUUAAAUGCUCCACAUAUUCAGGCACUUUUACUGGCCCAUGAUAAGGUUGCUGAGCAGGAAAUGCAGCUAGAACCCAUUACAGAUGAGAGAGUGUACGAAAGUAUCGGCCAGUAUGGAGGAGAAACUGUAAAAAUAGUUCGUAUAGAAAAGGCUCGUGAUAUUCCAUUGGGUGCCACGGUUCGUAAUGAAAUGGAUUCUGUCAUCAUCAGCCGGAUUGUGAAAGGAGGUGCCGCAGAGAAGAGUGGGCUCUUACACGAAGGAGACGAAGUUCUGGAGAUCAACGGCAUUGAGAUUCGGGGGAAGGAUGUCAAUGAGGUUUUUGAUUUAUUGUCUGACAUGCAUGGUACUUUGACAUUUGUUCUGAUCCCUAGUCAACAAAUCAAGCCACCUCCUGCUAAAGAAACUGUAAUCCAUGUAAAAGCUCAUUUUGAUUAUGAUCCCUCAGAUGACCCUUAUGUUCCAUGUCGAGAGUUAGGUCUGUCUUUUCAAAAAGGAGAUAUACUUCAUGUGAUCAGUCAAGAAGAUCCAAAUUGGUGGCAGGCCUAUAGAGAGGGGGACGAAGACAAUCAGCCUCUAGCUGGACUCGUUCCAGGGAAAAGCUUCCAGCAGCAACGAGAAGCCAUGAAGCAAACCAUAGAAGAGGAUAAGGAGCCUGAAAAGUCAGGAAAACUGUGGUGUGCAAAGAAGAAUAAAAAGAAGAGGAAAAAAGUUUUAUAUAACGCCAAUAAAAAUGAUGAUUAUGACAAUGAAGAGAUCUUAACAUAUGAGGAAAUGUCACUUUACCAUCAGCCAGCAAAUAGAAAAAGACCUAUCAUAUUGAUUGGUCCACAGAACUGUGGCCAGAAUGAACUGCGUCAGAGACUCAUGAACAAAGAAAAAGACCGCUUUGCAUCUGCAGUUCCUCAUACAACUCGGAACAGGCGAGACCACGAAGUAGCUGGUAGAGACUACCACUUUGUUUCACGGCAAGCGUUUGAAGCAGAUAUAGCAGCUGGCAAGUUCAUUGAACAUGGUGAAUUUGAGAAAAAUUUGUAUGGAACCAGCAUAGAUUCUGUACGACAAGUAAUUAACUCUGGCAAAAUAUGUCUCUUAAGUCUUCGAACACAGUCUUUGAAGACCCUCCGGAAUUCAGAUUUGAAACCUUAUAUCAUCUUCAUUGCACCACCUUCACAAGAAAGACUUCGGGCAUUGUUAGCCAAAGAGGGCAAGAAUCCAAAGCCUGAAGAGCUAAGGGAGAUCAUUGAAAAGACUAGAGAGAUGGAACAAAACAAUGGCCACUACUUUGACACUGCAAUCGUGAACUCAGAUCUUGACAAAGCCUACCAGGAGUUGCUUAGGCUCAUUAACAAACUGGACACUGAACCUCAGUGGGUGCCAUCCACUUGGCUAAGGUGAAGGAGACGGCUCUUUGAUUCUGCAUCACCAUGUUGAACUUCAUUUGGCAAACCACCAACAGGAAGAUGGCCUCAGUGCUGAAAAUAAGGUAGAAGGAGACAGAGUAAGCAGCUGGCCUCUCUGUAGAUCUCUUACACUAGGAAAAAGGUCCCUUAUGCAGUUUGUACACAACACUCUCAUCUCCUGUGCAUGGCUUUAGGGACCCUUGGCUUGUUUGGAGAUUUCUUCAGAGCAUUUCUGAUUUAUCCCGGUGAAACCCUUUGUUUUCACCUUCCUGACUCUUUGCCUCUCAGUCAGAUGUCCAUGAAGAAAUUGGUAUGUAUAUACAUAAUACUUCAUGUCUCACAGAGUUAUAAAUAUUAACAUUAUUUAACACUUAACUUAAAUGACUUUGUGGAAUUACUGGGAGAAGGAGCUGUGCUUCUGUGCAUGGGAAUAACAGUAUUUUCUUAAACAACUGAUUUCGUCAUCAGAAAUAUUUCUCUUAAAAAGGAAAAAAAAGGUGCCGCUUUAGUUUGGAGCGACUUUUUAAGUUUAAAUUUAUUUGUAUGUCUUUUCUUUCUGAAAAACAUUCCAUCGGGAAUACCAACUUUGCUGGGCAUGGCAGGACAUACCUUUUGAUCCUAGCACUCGGGAGGCCGAGGAGGGUCUCUAAAUGCGAAACUAGUCUACAGAGUGAGUUACAGGACAACCAGGGCUAUACAAAGAAGCCCUGCCUCAAAAAAACAAAAUAAAAAAAAAAACCAACUUUUUAGUUUGGACUUCGUGGAUGAGAGUGCACACCCAGCAACCUCUAGUGCAGUUAAAAGUAUAGAAAAGAUGCUGACAUUUUUAAAGAUAGAAUUUUCUAAAUUCUUUUAGUAAAUUGUGGUGAUUUGAUAGCCUUGAUUCCUUUUUCUGAUACGAGAGUUCGUAUAAACUGUGUUGACCAUUGAGGUUUCUUCCUCGUGAUGGAAAUAGUUUUUUAUUUCCAUGGAAAGAUAAUAACACAAUUGACAGUUUCUGCAUUUUUAUAUCAGAGUACAGAAUUUUAUCUGACUGUGCUAUGUAUGUAUCAAACUGGAAAUCUGUUGUACUGUAUGCUGAUAUUUAGCAGAUUAAUAAAUAGCUGUCUUCGGCAUUGGGAUAUAAUUUUAUGCACAUAUACACUGAAGGAACACCAUGACAACUAACUUAGAGAUCAGAAGGAAGACUUAAAAGUCACUGAGAAUUUUAGAAAAGGACAUUGGAGGAAAGUCCAUUUAAGCAAAUACAGUCAAGGUUUGUCCUAACAAGGUCUACCUUGUGACCGAAAUACAACAGCUUGCUAUAUCUCAAAUGUGAUUUAAAAAAAUCUUAAAUAGGAUUCUUGUACUGUUUAUCAGCUACAGCUUUAAAAUGCAGCGUCUGCAAAUCCAAAUGGAAAGUUAACUUGUAGUCUUCUCGAGCCUUUAAGGAAAGUGUAAUGUGUGACAAUGUGAAUGUCUUCAUUUGUGUAGCUACAGCAUUUCAUGUUCCCAAAGCUAAACACUGGAAUGAUACUGAACUGUCACUUUGCACAAGCAGUUGUUGUUAAUGUCUUGUCAGUGCCCUUCAUGUGUCUGAUCUCUCUUCUACAUAAUCUUAUGAAACAAAUUAGAGUUUGUGAUGUCUUAUUAUGUUCAAUUUUUGCAUGGCUUUUGUAGUUGGCUGGCAAGUGUGUCUACUUAGAAAUAUUUUUUAAAAUAAUUUUCCUUUGGAAUAAAGGAACGUUCUUGGGUUGAGGGAAGGAAUGCUAUUACACAGCCUUGAGUCUGAACACUCCCAGUUUACAGCAGAAAAAGCCAAGUCCACACCCUUGUCAGCACUGAAGGUCAAUUUACUUAGCACUUAAAAGAAAUCUUUUCAGUUUUCCUCUCUCCUCAGGAGUGAGCAGUACUCUAUGGUCAGUAGAGCUUUGUGAUCUGCAUACUGAGAAUUCUGACUGACAGAGACUUGGUGCACACCUGUAACCUCGGCAGGACGAGCUAGGUAGAGAAGGCUGGCCUGAGCUACGGAAACACGUGGGAGGGGGAGGAAAGGAAAGAAAAGAUCGUUGGAUUUGAGUAAAGCUGUAAGUAGUGUCAGUGCCACUGGUGACAGCGGGGUUGUACGCUCUCAGCUCAAACACAUGACCUUCACAGGCAGAGUCUGAACUUGGGCACGUGUGAGGCCACCGUGCAUGCUUAUAGACUGAUUUUCAAGAUCAGUGAGAUGCUAUCGUUCUCUUUACUCAUAUCCAUAGAUGGAUAGUAUAUACUUAUCCUGAACUUUUCUAAAUCCUAGUGACUAUGAAUAUACUAAUGCUCAACAAAGUCCAUAAACAUAGCGAAAAGUUAAGCUAUGCUAACUUAAAAAAAAAAAAAGCCUUAUUAUAUAUGUAAUUGUACAGCAUUAGGGCUAAUUCGAUUCCCUAUCCCUCUGUGGUUCUGAUUGGAAACUUCAGUGCUAAUGGGAAGCCUUAGGCACUUACAGAAGUGAUAUUGUGGCUGGCAGGAGCAUGGCUCAGUUGGUAGAGUAUUGCCCAGCAUGCACAAAGCCCUGGCUAGACCCCCAGCACCGGGGGUUCAUGGCUGUAGUCCCAGAGUUUGAAAAGUGGAAGCAGAAGGAUCAGCAGCUAUAUCAGCCACAUGGACCCUGUCUAGAUAGUAUCAGCUGAUGACAUAUCCUCGGGAAAUCCAAACAAGGAAGUACUGGCAUUUCUUUAGUCUUCCUAUGUCAGAACAAAUUAGUAUUUAGACUGGUCCAGGUUAGCUUUCUGUGAAAAUCUAGGGUAUGGAUUGUUUUCCUUCCCUCGUGGCCUAAGGAGUAAUUAUUGACAAGGAAUGAUUUGAAUGUAAUUUUUGUGAGUGUGUGGAAACUAUUAACCAGGGAUUUAUCCUGAAUGAAGGUAAUCACUCUGACAUUAAUUAAUCUCCCUUUGUACUGUCUUGUUUCUCCACUGUUCUCUUGAGAUGUCAUACUGCACACUGUAUUGUAAAAAUAAAAAGUAAAACUAUA